AUGACUACAAGAACAGUCUAUCUUAUCUCUGCUCGCAAUACAUCCUUCCAAAGAGCCCACUUCUCAAUAUUUAUCCCAUCAGCUACCGAUCCCGACCGAGGAACCAAAAUCCACGCCGUUGGCGCCCCGAUGGCAGGCUAUGUCCUGGAGUUCAAACGAAACUACAAUCCCGGUCUUGAUCCUCACGACCAGACCUUUCCAAUCGGCCAGAUCGACUCGUCCAACAUCGUUGAUUCCCCAGAUGCGGCUCCAUCGAUCGACUCCACCCCCCGAGGGACGAUCGAACUAGCGGCAACACAAAUCCCGACUCCGGGAGUCAAUCAGAACUUCAUGGCACCUGUCAACGAUACCACCAACAAGCGGUGCCAAGAAUGGACCAUGGAAUAUGUUCGCCAUCUAGUUUCCAAGGGCCUGAUUGGUGAAGAAGCUAUUGAGAUUGUCCAGUCUAAACGUGAUCCACCGACUUAUGGAAUUGGAGUACGAUCUGCGACUAGACCUACGUAG